UCGGUGACGUGUUCGUUGACGUCCUCAGAUGUAUGCCCCGAUGUGCGCGGUGCAUUCUGGGUUCACCCCAAGAUGGCGGCGCCCUUGCGAAAGUGUUGAGAAACAAUCUUACCUAGAAUUCUUAUUAAAAUUUGCCGCAGUUUCACAGUGUUGAUCCAUUAUCGCGGAGCACAGAAAGUGCACGGAAAGAGACCGUGGGGUUAAGUUACUGAGCGCCUGCCGUGGCUCACGCAGUGUGUGUGUGUGAGGAUGAUGAUGGGCCGCUGCGCCUGACCCAGAACCAAAAGCAGAGCCAGCGCAGAUCACCCUGCAAAAACGUCUUGAUCCAGCGCCUUCAGAUUCUCCACAGGCUGUGGACACUGCCGUUUAAGCUGCUGACGGGAGUGAUCUGUGUUAUCGUCCGUAGACGCAGCGGAUCUCCAGCUCGAGCUUUGGAGAACUCUGCUGACCAGAGAUUCUUUAUAAAAAUGGACGCUGAGCUGCUUCACUCCCCUGUGGUGGGUAUGGCGGAGGAGGAGGAGGUGGACGUGACUGACUGGAACCUUCCACUUGCCUUCAUGAAGAAACGGCACACAGAGAAGAUUGAGGGAUCCAAAGCUUUAGCUCAGAGCUGGAGAAUGAAAGACAGGAUGAAAACUGUAAGUGUGGCUCUAGUUUUAUGUCUCAAUGUUGGCGUGGACCCUCCUGAUGUAGUCAAGACGUCACCCUGUGCCAGACUAGAGUGCUGGAUAGACCCCCUGUCCAUGAGUCCACAGAAAGCCCUGGAGACGAUAGGGGCCAACCUGCAGAAACAGUAUGAGAACUGGCAGCCCAGGGUAAGAGCUGUCCACCCUGCUGUUACCUCAUAUAAAACACACACCUACUAGAGCUGAAAUGAGUCCUGUAAGAAAAAAGGAGGAAAAAAGAAAACCCUCUUCCACCCAUAGUCUUGUAUGAAUAUUUGCAGUGAAUCUCAUGUCUUACCACCGGUGCAUCAGAUUCAGAGAAGAAUAUAAAGGAGCAAAUAAUUAGGCAUAUGGUGGUGUCAUUGCUGUUGGAGAGUGACUAAAGAACUAUUAGAGUUAGCAUGUUAGUCUGUUAAUGGCAUCAUCUUUUGCUCAUUUUGGUGUGAAGCGGUCAAUAAUUGUGAGUGGAAAAACUGGCACAAUAACAUAUUGAACCACACCCAAACAACAAUACAAACUGAACUGUUACACUUCUUAUACUCACAUGCUGAUACACAGUCCAGCAACUUUAAUGUUACAGCAAAAUUCAUUAAAGGGAUAGUUCACCCAAUAAGAAAAUUCUGUCAGCAUUUACUUAACCUGAUGUUCCAAACCUGUAUGACUUUAUAUCUUCUGUGGAACACAAAAGAAGAUAUUCUGAAAUGUUUGUAACCAAACAGAUUUGGGUCACAUUGAUUUCCAUAGUAUGGAAUACAAAACAUCAGAACUUGAUCAUCAGAACAUAAAUUAAGAUCUUUUUGAUGAAAACUGGGAGCUUUCUGUCUCUCCAUGGACAGCUACGCAACUGACACUUUGAUGCUUCAAAAAGUUGAUAAAGAAAUCAUAAAACUAAUCCA